UAACUUGUAACCAUAACUGAAUAUGAAAAAACGCGGUUUUUGCCGCUAAAUGUGAUUCUAAAUGUUUAUAAACAUUUGAGAUAGUUUAAUAAUGUGUCAAUUUCCAGUUUUACCAAUUUUUAAUGUGUAACACAAACAUUUAGAAAUGGAUCCGUCUGAGUUAGAAUUUUUGGCUGAACAAGAGGUAGUUACAGUAAUUCCAAAUUUUACUCAUGGGAAGUUGUACUUAAUCCGUGGAGAUUGUGGGCCAUUCACCCCUAGCAUUCCUGUUCAGGUUCCUGUUUGGUUAGCAAUUAAUCUUCGUCAAAGACAGAAAUGUAGGAUAAUACCUCCAGAAUGGAUGAGUGUUGAAAAACUGGAAGAGAUCAAACAAGAGGAAACAGAUUCUACUAUUUUUACACCGAUGCCUAGCAAACAUUACAAAGAAAUUGCUCAGUUGCUUUUCGACGUAGCAGCACCAGACAUACCAAAUGCUGAUGAAGUACAAACUCUAAUUAAAGACAUAUGGGAUAUCAGAAUGGCUAAACUGCGUAGCUCCGUUGAUGCAUUCAUAAGGAGCGAAGAAUCUCAUGCUCAAGUGGAUAAUUUGACGGAAUUCGAGAUAAAUUUUGUACGACCACUCCUUACAGCUGCUCUCUUUCAGUUACAGAGGUUCAAACAGGCUGCAUCACUUUCUCAAGGUGAUAGUCAAAGUCAGUCGGGCAGUUUUCAGUAAUUCUGAACAAGAUUUGUCUCCAGUAUUCGCCAAUAGGUUUUAUUGGUUUGGAAAUUUAUAUAUUUAUUUUGAUAAUUGAAGCAUAUCAGAUUCACUUCAUCAUAAAACAGCAUUUUGCAUUACACUGCCAAGGCAUAAGUACUGAAAGUCAGUUGUGUUUGAAAUAUAACUACUUAUUGAAACUUGUAAAUGCCUUACUUCAGUAUUUAUGUAUACCCAAGUUUUUAUUUUAUCAAAGUUUCAGAUUUCAAUAAAUGCUGUUGUACUUUUACUGAAAUAAAAUGUUGAUUUUUAUGUUUCAGACUUUAUAUUUUUAAAAGGGAAACUGAAGUAAUUGUAAUAAUAACU